GCUUGAUUGGCCAACAAGGUUUAAGACAAUAAAGGGAGUAGCCAAAGGACUUCUUUAUCUCCACCAAGAUUCAAGAUUAACAGUAGUUCACAGGGAUCUCAAAGCUAGCAACAAAUUGCUGGAUGCUGACAUGAGCCCCAAGUGGUUACAUGUCACCUGAAUAUGCAUUGGAAGGCACUUGUUCGGUGAAGUCCUAUAUUAGCUUCGGUGUGUUACUUUUGAAAAUUGUUUCUGGCUUAAAGAUCAGCCAUCCACACCGAAUCACAGACUUUCUCAAUCUCAUAGCUUUCGCAUGGAGUUCAUGGAAAGAUCAGAACACAAAGGAUUUAGUCGACUCGUCAAUCUCAGGGAGUUGCUCACUUGAUGAAAUUUCACGGUGUAUCCAUCUGGGGCUUUUGUGUGUUCAGGACAACCCAAAUUCUCGACCAAUAGAGAACUUACAUCAGCAGUAUAAUAUCAAUUGUUCUUUUUUUUUGCGGGGAUAAUAUCAAUUGUUCAUAUUCUAGUUUUCUAACCUUUUUCUGAACUUGCUAAAAUAUAAAUAUGUCAAUUGUUCCCAGCUUAGCACCGAAGAUGGAUCUGAACCUGGAUGGCUUUCGCAUGGGGCACCAAGAAUGCCAAUGUGUUCCCUUCAUGCCUCUACCAUGAUUUUUCUUCUUUAUUGGAUAUUCAGUUCAAUUCAUCUCUGUGCAUCCGACAACCGCCUUGUCCCUGGAGCUCCAACCUCACCUUGUCUGAUGGCAAUGGCCAUGUCCUUUGGACGACAAUGGCCAAAAGCAGAAUCAGCAUCAGCUCCCCCCGAAACACCAAAAACAUCUCAACAGAAGCCAUGCUAGACAACACCGGAAACCUCAUUCUCCGGUCAUUGGCUGACAAUGCCAUCAUAUGGCAGAGCUUCGACCACCCGACCGACACUCUCCUGCCUGGCAUGAACCUCAGGCUCAGCCACAAUACACACCCACUGCAGCGCCUCAUUUCUUGGAAAGACAUACGAGACCCAUCCCCUGGUCCCUUCUCCUACGGUGCAGACCCCAACAACCUGCUUCAGCGCUUCAUCUGGCAUGGCUCGGUGCCGCACCGGCGAAGCCCUGUGUGGAACAACUACCUCCUCAUUGGUAAAUACAUGAACAACCUCAAUUCCACGAUUUACAUGGCGAUAAACCAUGACAGCGAUGAGGUGUACAUGUCCUUUGGCAUGCCAACUGGCCCCUUCAGUGUGCUGAUCAGGAUGAAAAUAACCUACCUAGGCAAGGUAAAUAUGUUAGGUUGGCAGAGCAACAUCUCAGCAUGGACAACCCUGUACUCGGAGCCUGUGCAUGACUGCAAUAUCUACGGCUAUUGCGGUCCCAACAGUUACUGCGACAACACAGAUGCUGUCCCAGCAUGCAAGUGCCUUGAUGGGUUUGAGCCAAGGGAGGAGGAAAGGCGGACCAACAACAGAAGCUUUUUGCUGGGAUGCCGCCGCAGGAAGGCCCUAAGAUGUCACCAUGGGAACAGUUUCUUGACUUAUCCGAGCAUGAAGGUCCCUGACAACUUCAUCUACAUUCACAAAAGAAGCUUUGACGAGUGCAUGGUGGAAUGCAGGAGCAACUGCUCCUGUGUGGCAUAUGCUUACUCCAACAUUAGCAGCGGGAUUAUUGAUGACACGAGGUGCCUAUUGUGGACGGGGGAGCUCAUCGACAUGGAGAAGGUUACCCAAGGAGGGGAGAACCUCUAUAUUCGAGCUAACAGAUUAAACGGUAACAGGAAAACAACCGAUAUCCUAGAAUUUGUACUACCAGCUGUGGCAAGUUUGCUGAUACUGAUAUGCAUGCUUAUUUGGAUCUGCGGCGUUCGAGGUAAACAAAGGGGCGAUGAGAUCUACGGUGGACUGAUGCUGGGAGAUAUUAGCACCUCCCGUGAGCUCUCUGAUAGAAAAGUAGAUUUUCCAAUUUUUAGCUUCAGAGAAAUUGCUUCCGCGACAAAUAAUUUCUCUGAUUCCAACAUACUUGGUCAUGGAGGAUUUGGCACUGUUUACAAGGGAACAAUGGAUGGUGAUAAGGAAAUUGCUGUCAAAAGGCUCAGUAAAGGUUCUGCACAAGGUGUAGUGGAAUUCAAAAACGAAGUACUUCUGAUUGCCAAGUUGCAACACAGAAACUUAGUUAAACUUCUUGGUUGCUGCAUUCAUGGAGAUGAAAAACUAUUAGUUUAUGAAUACCUACCUAACAAAAGCUUGGAUGCCUUCCUUUUCAAUGCUUCAAGAAAUUCAGCGCUUGACUGGACAACAAGGUUCAAGAUAAUAAAAGGUGUUGCUCGAGGCAUUCUUUAUCUCCACCAGGACUCAAGACUGACAAUAAUUCAUAGAGAUCUUAAAGCAAGCAAUGUAUUGUUGGAUGCUGAUAUGCACCCCAAGAUAUCUGAUUUUGGUACAGCCAGGAUCUUUGGUGGGAACGAACAACAAUCAAAUACCAACAGAGUGGUUGGAACAUAUGGCUACAUGGCGCCUGAAUAUGCACUGGAAGGCAUAAUAUCCGUCAAAUCAGACGUCUAUAGCUUCGGUGUGCUACUCCUGGAGAUUGUGAGUGGCUUGAAGAUCAGCGGAAUCAUAGACCCAACCACGGGCCAUUCCAACCUCAUAGCCUAUGCAUGGAGCUUAUGGAAGAACGGGAACAUGAGUACUUUUGUUGACGCCUCGAUCUCGGAGAGUUCUUCACUCAAUGAAGCUCUAAGAUGCAUCCAUAUAGCGCUCUUGUCGAUACAAAACAACCCGAAUGCUCGGCCACUCAUGUCGUGGGUGGUUUCGAGCUUGGAUAACAAAGACAUCGAGCUCCCAGAGCCCAAAGAGCCUAUGUACUUUGCACACAGGAGUUAUGGAGCUGAUGGAGCAGGCGAAAGCUUUGUGAAUGACAUGAGCAUUGCAUCGGUGGAAGCGCGCUAGAAAUUAUCUAAACUAUAUAUGUAUAGUAGCUUUGAUAAGGUAUUUCAUUUUCAUAUCUAUUGAACCAAGUGGUAGCUCAAAAAUAGUGAGAGAGAGCAAAUAUUUGUGGUGAGCAAAGAGUAGCUCUGUAUCUGUCUGAAUGGCAUCUUGGCCUGAUUGGCUCUGAUAUGUUCAUUGACUCAUUGUAUUGUAUCUGUACCCCAAGUGCUCAUAUCAAGAAAGCUUAGGCGAAACCUUUCUCUGUCA